UUGACGAGAAUGCUUUUUUUUUUUUUAUGGCAGACGCGUUUUAUGGAACGUUUUUUUUAUUUGCUUACGCAUAUAUCCAUGUUGUUUUCAAUUCGUUGACGUCAAUAGGCCUAUUGACGACGUACUUUUUAGAUUCUGCCAAUGAAUACAUAGGCCUAAGAAUAUAGUCGCUAUCGUAUGAUCUUCACGUUUCAGUUACAUUUAGCAAUUUAUUAAGAGCACUUCUUCUCCAAUACACAUACUGAAUCAUACAUGAUAAAUAUGAGUAACAUGGGACAUAUAUGAGAAAAAUGACCGGAUAGAUAAGACUGUGUAGGUACCGGUAGCGCAUAUACUAAUGCAGGAUCAGAUAGUGAGUAAAUAAUAACAUUACCACAAAGCUUGUUGUAUACAUAUACGGGAAAAAUACAACCCGAGCGAAACAUAAAUAUCAAACACAAAUAGAACAAAUCCUUCAUGUGACUUGAGGCAUCGUCAAUAACGCAUGAUAGCUCGCAACUGCUUUCAGCGUGCGUGCGUGCACGAAACGCGGAAAGAAAAUGAAAACAAACAAACACGCACCUACCUUCUUCGAUGACUCGUAAGAAAACAGCACGCAAGACUAUUUAGUUGUGUAAACAAGUGGCAGGACUUGCUGUGUAAACUAGUUCGUUCCUGCAAACCAAGCAGAAUGAAGACUUGUUAUUUACCGCAUGGUAUAGCACGGCUGAACAUCAGGAAACCGGAAAUGAUUUCGUUAAUAGAAAUUCUGAGACAAAAUGGACGACCGCACCGUCGAGAAGAUCUUCGCCGGGAGUCUGGAGACCCUCCCCCCUGUGGGGUCAAAGGUCUGCCGAAUCUUCACCUCCUCGACUUUCACAGACAUGUUGAUGGAGAGGAACACACUCAUGGAAUCCGUUUACCCGAAGCUGAAAGAAUUCUGCAGGGAAAAACACGGGCUCGAAUUUCAGGUGGUGGACAUGAGAUGGGGCGUGAGGGACGAAGCUACUGACGAUCACCUGACGACGGAUCUGUGCAUGAACGAAAUCAUAAACUGCCAGAGACUCUCCAUGGGGCCAAAUUUCGUGUUCUUCGGAGGCCAGAAGUACGGCUACCGCCCCAUCCCUCGCGUGAUCCUGGGUUCAGAGCUGCUGAUGCUGCGAGAGGCCCUCGUCAACAUGGGCGUGGACGUCAUCCUGAUCGACAGGUGGUACAAGAAGGACACCAACUCGGUGCCCUUCGUCUUCAACCUGCAGUCCAUCUCGUCCAUCCUCGUCAACUUCAACAACAAGCGUGUCCCGAAACUGCAAGCCCAGGACCAAGCCACCUGGUGGGACACCCUGGCGAAGAUGCAGAAGCUCCUGAGGAAGGCUGCCCAGGCGUGCUACAACACUCACAAAAUGGAUAAGGAAGCCAUGCAUAAUUACUUCAUGUCCGUGACGGAGCGUGAGGUCAUCAACGGCAUCCUGACGGUCCCCAACACGAAGAACCACACCUUGGCCCUCGUCAGGUACAUCAACAACAUCAACCUGCAGAACCUCCGGAGGGCGUCCAACUUCAUCGACAUCGUCAACCGUCAGAUUGACGGGGAAGCCAUGAAGCUCCUUUCCGACCUGAGGGACGUUCGGUUACCUGCCAGGAUAGAACCCACUAAUUACCACAGGUACACUGUCGAAUGGAUAGGACGCGAAGGGCUGGACAAACCGACCCAUGGAGAAUACCUCCAGGAAUUCUGUACCCACUUCUAUAAGGGCAUCACGAAGCUCCUCGACAGGGCAAUGCGAAAGGAGGACAAUUCUGCCCAGGGCAAGAUAGUCACCGAAAUCCUGCAACAUCUCCACGCCUGCAAGAAUUCGGUCAUGGUAUUCUACGGGCGCGAGGAGGAGCUGCAGAGAGCAGAGGAGUACAUCAAGGGCCCUUCCCAAACGCCCCUCCUGCUCCACGGAGCCGGGGGCUGUGGGAAGACCUCCCUGCUGUCGAAGAUUGCAGCCAGUUGCUUCAUCUGGCUGGGCGAUGUCAAACCCAUCUUGGUCAUUCGGUUCGUGGGGACCUCGCCAGAAUCCACGGCUCUGACGGCGCUGUUGACCUCCAUAUGUCAUCAGAUCUCCUACAACUACAUGCUGCCUUUUGAAGACAUACCCAACGACCUGGUUCCCCUAACGGCUCAUCUCAAGGAACUUCUGAACUGCGCGACGAAGCAGAUGCCCUUGCUAAUCUUCCUAGACAGUGUGGAUCAAGUCACAGGAGCAGCUGAUGCCAAUAGGAUGUCCUGGAUUCCUACAAGGUUACCUCCUAAUGUAAAGAUAGUCGUGUCCUGCGUGUCUGAGGAGAGCGACCCAGAGCUAUCCAGGGAUUACACUCUGCUUGUCAGGAUGAUUGACAACGAGGAGAACUUCCUGGAGGUCAGAGCCCUUGGAGAGGACCUCGCCAUGGAUAUCAUCAAGAAGUGGAUGGUCACAGGCCACCGGGACCUCACCAAUUACCAAUGGCGCGUCGUGAGCAACGCCAUCUCCCAGUGCUCUCUCCCGAUCUUCGUCAAGCUGGUCUUCGCCGAAAUCUGCCGCUGGAAGAGCUACAGCAAGCCGCAGGACACCUUCUUGGCGUCCAAUGUCAUGGACUCCAUCAUGAUGCUCUUCUCUAAGGUGGAGGUCAAGCACGGCCGUCUAAUCGUCUCCCACGCCCUUGCUUACAUCACCGCAGCCAAAAACGGCCUUUCGGAAUCCGAGAUGGAAGAUCUCAUUUCCCUUGACGACAAGGUACUGGACGACGUGUACCAGUACCACAUGCCCCCGGUACGACGCAUUCCCCCGCUGCUGUGGACCCGUAUCAGAAGCGAUUUGCCCAAUUAUAUAAAUGACUGCGAAGCUGAUGGUGUCUCCGUCAUGAACUGGUAUCAUAGACAGUUCAAAGAGGCCGCCGUGAAGAGAUACUUCCACAAUCAAAACACUGCCAUCUAUUUCUUCUCCAUGAUAGCCGACUACUUCCUCGGGAUGUGGGGAGGGGGCAUCCCCAAGCCUUUCAAGUACACGGAGAUCCAGAGGCACAGGUUUAAUCUGAAAAGCAAAGAAGGUUUAGCCGAUAGAAAGGUACCUGCGCAACCACUCGUCUAUUACAACAAAGAAGGCAAAAUCACCAGGUAUAAUCUCAGAAAGUUCGGAGAGCUUCCAUUCCACCUGAUCCGCGCCCGACGCUUCGAAGACCUCUACAAAUACGUCCUUUUCAACUACCAGUGGCUCCACGCGAAGCUGAGCUCCUGUCCUUUGCAGGCUGUCCUCUCUGACUUCGAGGACUGUUCGUGCCACCUCGAAGACAGGGACCAAAUCAGAGAGCUCAUGCUGGUAGCAGACGCCCUUCGUCUCGGGGGCGCGAUCCUCUCUCAGUACCCGGACAUGCUGUCUCCUCAGCUCAUAGGGCGUCUUCUUCCGGAGAUGGAGACCAACCCCCACGUCAAGAGCCUCCUGGAGCAGUGUGACGCCGAGGGCAUCGAACACUGUGGUCUCUUGCCGUCCUAUCACUGUAGCCACACGCCCGGAGGCCCUUUGAAGUACUCCCUGGAGGGGCACCAGUUCGCAGUGUUCGGCUUCUGCUUGACGAAUGACCUCCGGUACAUCGUGAGUGUUUCGAACAAGUUCAUAACGUGGGAUCUGUCGACCUCUGACCUUACCAGAGAGGUCAUACCCGGCAUUGAAGGGAUCAUGCAAGAGCUGGUGCUGUCUCCCGACAACAAGUAUUCCAUCGCUCAUACGAACAACAGUCAAAUGGUGCUACUCAAUAUGCUGACGAGCGAGUUCUUCAUCCUGGAGAACCCAGUGCCGGGGGAGCCAGUGAUAGGCACCCUUCUCUCGGACGCCUGCGCCGCCGUAUAUGGCGAAAGGUACUGGGUGCUAUACACUCUGCGAGGGGAGGAGAAAGAGCGAAUUCGGUCGCCCGUGGACAAACCCAUCCUCAAGAUGGACUUCAGGGGUCCCAGUGACUACAGCAUCAUCUGCUGGACUGGGGACUUCGACGACAAGAACCUCCUCAUCUACACGGUCGACGAUGGGAACGUUCUGGAAACUCUGGACUUCCAUAGCGUCAUGGCAUGGACGACAGACAGAAUAGACCUCUACUGCUGUGUCAACGAGCACGGCGAGGACGUCUGCCACUUCCGGCGGGGUCCUACGGCGUGGACGCUGGAGAGGGUGAUCGCCCACAACGAAUUCAAACUCCUGAUGCUGUAUCUCACCCACGACCAGAAUCAUCUCAUCGGGACAUUCAUGACUGGGUUCCAGGUGUGGGAAGUGGAAUCGGGAAAGGGCUGGACUCUAAAGUUACCGCACGGCGUCAGGAACAUCUCGACAAAGCUCUUGAAGUCCAACACCUGUAUUCUCUCCAAAGGUUACCAUCACGCCGUGGCGGGAGUCAGGAAAAGCCUCUACGUCUGGGACCUUCAAAAACAAGACCUGCUGAAGGUCCUCGACGCUCACUUCGGCCGAAUCAUGGACAUGGAAGCUCUCAUCGUCGGAAACUGGAAUUCGGUCAUAACGUCGUCGCUGGACAGAACGGUGAAAGUCUGGAACAUCAACAAUAUAUUCGAACAAGUUCACGUUAUCGACAGACACGAGUUGCAAGUGGACGAUAUCAGCCUUGCGCCAAACUUGCCCUUGGCUGUGACGGUAACGAGAAACUGCGUUGGUAUAUGGAAUCUGAAAUUGGGAAAACUGGUGAGUAAGCUAGCAGACUCGCCACUUGGUGCUAUUGUGACCCAGGCUGGAAUAACCAAUGACAGCAGGUACAUCAUAUCAACGGAAUCUGGCAACCUCUUGAUAUGGAACGUGCGCGCGCAGGCUGUUGUGUUCAAAGCGGAACAGAAGAACGUCCAGCAAUUACUGCUGCUGGACAAUGACACGAAAUGCGUCACGGUUUCCAAGGUGGCUUUGAGCACAGGUGAGCUGUCAUGUGUACUGGUGACGCGUUCCAUACCAGACGGUGCCAAGGUGUAUGAAUUCGACUAUCCCAUCCGGUCCUUCAGGAACAUAGCGGUCUCGGCUGAUGGACUCUUCCUGGUCAUCCCAGCAGCUGAGGGAAUCAAGGACACUUUGAUAAUAUACCAUGCCAAGACGGGCACGCUAGUUCAUAAGAUACCCCUGAAGUACCCGGGUUACAAGGAGUGGCACAUGGUAGUGCCCCUGCCAAACAAACCGACGCAAGUUGCUCUUAUCGAUCCAGACAAAGGAAAUAUUAUCGACAUCAAGACCAAGAAAUUUGUCCGAUCAAUUGCCAAAUGGGGAGGAAAGGUAUCUAAGGAUGGUCGGUACGGUCUUUACGCCCCAGCCCGAGGUGGUCUCGAGCUGUUGGAACUUCGCCAUGGGACUUCGGUCAGAACUCUCAUCCCGAGGGUGGCAGAGGGCGUCUUCUCGGUCAUCUGCGGGUUCACCAGAACGGAUGAAUACGUGCUUUAUUACCACGGCGGGAGGAAAACCAUUAGGGUCUUCAGACUGGCGGACGGGAAGAUGAUCGCUAAUUACCGCGUGCAAGCAGAGCUGACUGCCAUUGCUUGCAGCGAUGACGGGCGUACUAUUGUCCUUGGAACGGUAGACGGAUGCCUUUCUUCCCUAACCGUAGCAGAUCCUACGCGCUCCGGAAUCAAGGAGUACCUGAAGGAACUUCCCUCCAGGAAUCCACAGAAAUACAAGGAGGAGGAGGUCAAGCAGGGCAUGAGUUUCAAGAAGGCUGUGAACAUGAUUAUGCUCACCAACCGACUGCAUGACAGCGGGUCGUGAAGAGCCAGAAGAAGAAGAAGAAGAAGAAGAAGAAGAAGAAGAAGAAGAAGAAGAAGAAGAAGAAGAGGAACGCAUCUGGUAAAAUGAUGUCUUUGAUUGAGGACAGUGAACGGUAUCUUGAGGUGAUGCGUGGUAUUACGUGCACGUAAUAAAGAAAGGUAUGAUCCCUGAUUCAAUGAGGCUAUAGUUUUAUUUAUUUAUUUGUUUAUUUAUUUACUUAUAUACUUACUAUUAAUUAACGCUAUUAAUUGACGUUGUCUACCAGUGAUUAAUGAAGGGAAAGUUGUGGAACAGAUGCGUGGACCGUUUCCAAACUGGCGGCUUGUCUUAGAGAAGUAUGAACGUGAAAAGAAAGUGCGAUUUCUCCAAAAACUGGUCUAUGUUAAGAUAAAGGUUUUGUCCCCCUCUUACUAGUGAACCACGAGGUGCCAUCGCAUGUCGCCAGGUUUGGGUAAAUGUAUAGCAUAAUAUCAUUGUACGUCAGGAAUCCAUAUGUGAUUAAAAUGUCAGAAAUCAGAGGUCUGCAGAAGUGUCAAUGGCUAAAUAUACAGAACCUGUUGUCUGCCUAAGCUAACUUGAAGCCUACAACCAAGGUAAACGCAACCUACAUAUUUAUCGAAUUGUAUCUCAAAAGACACAAUUAUGAUUUUUCAUUCAACCUGUUACGUUAAAAAAACGUGUUAGAUAAGCCCAUUCGUCUUAAUUUAUUGGGGUAGUUUAGUUUCGUGGCCUUCCUUGUGAUAAUACUGACAUUUGUAUUAACUUGCGUUUUGCCAAUGGCGUGAGUUGUUCUCUCUUCACCUGUACUAAUUUCUAAGUGAAAAAGCCUGCAGUGAGAUAAACUAAUUAUGACCGUUCGGUCGAAUGACUCCGACAAUUUCUUGUUAUUUUUGAGGCACAAAGAUUUUUGUGACUGCUACAUAUACUAACUGGUUUGGAAGACUUUUAUUCAUUCUUUGACCAUUCUGAGGUGUCAUAGACUGUCAUUAGCUGCGCCUGAUAAUACAAGUGUGUGUCUUAGCUAUCUUCCUGACAAGAUGUGAUAGAUUAACUACUUAUUACUAUAACGAUCAACUUCCAUAUUCGCUACGUAUUUAGUUAGAACACAAGAUCAUUAUGUCUGGCGUGUAUUUGGAAAUGUCAACACAAAAGCAGAAUUGAAUUUUGCACUUAUUAGUUACCUGGUGGCAUCUUUUUGAUAGAUUAUUUCUUUGAUAAUCUAGACGUUUUUCCUUGUUAAGAUUCAGUUUUCAAUUUCCAAAGAGUGUAAAUGUUAACUGUAGUCAAUCCGUUUCAGACUUUAAAUUUUGCUUUUCCAAACAUUAUGCUAAACUAAAUAAUGUUACUAAUAGGUUUUCUUGCUUGAUGUAUUAAAUGUACGUAAUGGUAUAGCCUUAGACAUUUGACGACUACAAAGAGAGCGUCAUAGUUAGCUCAAAGCCAAAUGAUAAUCACUGAAUGAAAAACUAUAUAUUUGACUCAAAAUAUAUGAUAUAUAUUCUUCUGCUGUACACAAAUAUUUUUCUAUCAGAAAUUAU